UGAUCCCCGAUUCGCUGCGAGUGACGGCAGUCCCACAGACACUGAACAAAGUGGAGCACGACUCCCUGGAGCUGAAGUGCGAGGUGUCAAAGAGCACAUCCCAGCACAGCCACGUCUCCAUUGCCUGGUACCGGCAGCGAGGCAGCGAGACGCCUGUGGAGGUCAUCUCCCUCAGCCGUGACUUCGUCCUGCGGGCCGGCAGCACCUAUGCCCAGCGGCAAGCCACAGGGGACAUUCGCUUGGACAAAGUUGGGGAGACCACCUCAAAGCUCACCAUUUACAACCUCCACCCAUCAGAUCAGGGCGAGUUUUACUGCGAGGCAGCGGAGUGGAUCCAGGACCCAGACAAGUCUUGGUAUGCUAUGACCCGCAAGCGUUCCCAGGGUGCCAUUGUCAACGUGCAAGCCACCGAUAAGGAGUUCAGUGUCCGGCUGGAGACAGAGAAGCGGACGUACAUUGUGGGUGAGCCAGUGGAGUUUCGGUGCAUCCUGGAGGCGCAGAACGUCCCUGACCGCUACUUUUCCAUUUCCUGGGCCUUCAACAGCUCUCUCAUCGCCAGCCUGGGACCCAACGCCGUGCCGGUGCUCAACAACGAGUUUGCCCAGCGUGAGGCCCUGGGCCAGCUCAAGGUAGCCAAAGAAAGCGACAAUGUUUUUGUGCUGAAGAUCUACCGCCUCCGCCUUGAGGACAGCGGCAAGUACAACUGUCGGGUGACUGAGCGGGAGAAGACUGUGACGGGGGACUUCAUUGACAAGGAGAGCAAGCGGCCAAAGAACAUCCCCAUCACUGUCCUGCCGCUCAAGACCAGCAUCUCCUUGGAGAUUAUCAACAACGCCAGCAAUGUCUUGGAAGGGGAGAGCCUGCGCUUUGGCUGCAACGUGCGCUCAGGCUUCGGGCCCCAAAGCCAUUUCUCCAUCGCCUGGCAGCUGGUGGACAAGCUGAACCGGCGCAGCGAAGUUGUGCGUCUGGAUCGGGAGGGCACCCUGCAGCCGGGCCCCUCGUAUGCCGAGCGCAGCAGCUACGGGGGCAUCCAGGUGGAGCAGGUUCGGCCCGGCUCCUUCACCCUGGAGAUCUUCAACAGCAUCAAGGCAGACGAGGGCCACUACGAGUGCCGGGUAGCCGAGUGGACGCGGACGCUGGAUGGGGAGUGGCAGAUGGUUGGGGAGCGGCACGCGGGCACCCCGGUGUCCAUCACUGCUCUGGAGGCCGGCUUUGCUGUCACAGCCAUCUCCCGCACCCCAGGGGUGACCUACAAUGAGUCCUUCGACCUCCAGUGCAUCAUCAAGCCCCACUACCCGUCGUGGGUACCGGUGUCGGUGACGUGGCGUUUCCAGCCAGCAGGCAGCACCGAGUUUCAUGACCUGGUCACCUUCACGCGCGACGGUGGGGUCCAGUGGGGCGACAGGUAUACGGGUUUCCGGACCCGCACCGCCAUCGAGAAGGCCGAGUCCAGCAACAACGUGCGCUUGAGCAUCAGCAGGGCGAGUGACACGGAGGCUGGCAAGUACCAGUGCGUGGCUGAGCUCUGGAGGAAGAACUACAACAGCAGCUGGACGCGGUUGGCAGACAGGACCUCCAACCUGCUGGAAAUCAGAGUCCUGCGGCCGGUGACCAAGCUGCAGGUGAGCAAGUCAAAGCGGAGCAUCACUCUGGUGGAGAACCGGCCCAUCCCCCUCAACUGUUCAGUGAAAUCCCAGACCAGCCCUGAUUCGCACUUCGCCGUGCUGUGGUACGUCCACAAGCCCUCCGAUGCCGACGGCAAGCUCAUCCUGAAGACCACCCACAGCUCGGCCUUCGAGUACGGCACCUACGCAGAGGAAGAGGGGCUGCGGGGCCGGCUGCAGUUCGAGCGCUCGGCGUCAGGGGGGCUCUUCAGCCUGACGGUGCAGCGGGCAGAGGUCCGAGACAGCGGCAGCUACUACUGCCAUGUGGAGGAGUGGCUGCUCAGCCCCAACCAUGCCUGGUACAAGCUGGCGGAGGAGGUAUCUGGGCGGACGGAGGUCACCGUCAAGCAGCCAGAUAACCGUCUGCAGGUGAACCAGACCCACAAGAACAUCACAGUGCUGGAGAACCAGUGGGUGACCCUAGAGUGCCUGGUCAGCAGCCGGACCAGUCCCUCGUCCCAGCUCUCAGUGGAGUGGUACGUCUGGCGGCCAGGCCACCCAGAGAAGGAGGUAGUGGCCUGGCUGAGCCGGCAGAGCACCCUGCGCUACGGGAACCUGGCAGCGCUGGGUGACCUGCGGAGCCGGCUGCACCUGGAGAGCCCAUCCCAGGGUCUCUACCUCCUCUCCAUCCAAAAUGCCACUGUGCGGGACAGCGGGACCUAUGACUGCCGCGUGGAGGAGUGGCUCCUCGACCCCAGUGACCGCUGGUACAAGCGGGCAGAGGACCUCUCUGGACUCAUCACCCUCACCGUCAAGCAACCAGAUCCCACCUUGCAGGUGGACACGGCCACUGCCAACCUCACGGUGCAGGAGAAGGAGUCCUUCCCGCUGGACUGCAGCAUCCUCUCCCGCUCCAGCCCGGAGUCCCACUUUGCGGUGACGUGGUACAACCUGCGGGCCAAAGAGGCGGGCAGCCGUGUGGAGGAGGAUGAGGAGGAUGAGGAGAGGGAGGUGGUGCUGAGCGUGGGCCCCGAUGCCAUCUUCAGCCCUGAGGCUGGUCGCUGGGAGGGCCGCCUGCGCUUCCAGAGGCUCUCGGCGGUGCUCUUCCGGCUGACGGUGCUGCAGGCCGGCGGUGCCGACACGGGCAACUACUCGUGCCGCGUGGAGGAGUGGCUGGCGGACCCCAAUGGCAUGUGGUACCGGCUGGCAGAGGAGGAGUCGGGGAUGGUCGCUGUUCAUGUGCAGGAUGCAGGCUCCACCCUGCAGUCUGUCAUCUGCUCCAACGACGCCCUCUUCUACUUUGUGUUCUUCUACCCCUUCCCCAUCUUUGGCAUCUUGAUCAUCACCAUCCUCCUGGUGCGGUUCAAGAGCCGAAACUCCAGCAAGAACUCAGAGGGCAAGAAUGGGGUCCCCUUGUUAUGGAUCAAAGAGCCUCACCUCAACUACUCUCCCACUUGCCUAGAGCCGCCAGUCCUCAGCAUCCACCCGGGAACCAUAGACUAA